AUGGUUUUGCCUUGCGCAAGGCGACCGUGCUCAACGCUUCCUACAUCCUCUCGUCUGCUGUUUCUUGUAUUGCUCUGUACAUGCGUCAUAAAUGAAGUCGCACUUCCAGCGGUGGGAGCUCUUAGCAUCUCAACCACCAACGGUGCUCUAUUAGGAUCUGGGAAUGCUUUUGGAGGUCACCAUGGUUUCGCUGGUGGCAAGCCUGUCGGCGCUGCCCGGCAUCAGCAAAAUGCGAGAUUCGGAUAUCGCGCGGUGCCAGCAUACGCCACCCCAGCAGUGCCAGUAAGCGUUAGCAAGGUGAAAUGCGGGGAGAUAGUUGUCGGCGUGCCCGAGAGGCGCAACGAGGAUGGCACCGUCGAAGUCGACAUCGGGGCGGAGACGCCACUCGUCGUUGCCAGGGAGUCGCUAGUGUUUCUCAACGAUGAAGAACGGGGAAGAUUUGACAAAAUACUCGCGUCCUUCGGCCAACCGGAGUUUGUGCCGCAAAAGUCGGUGGAUGAACUUGUUGGGGAUACGCUGAUCCGCGCGAGGCAAAUGAACGUGCGCAAGCGCAUGACCCACAUGAGACCCCGACUUAUAUACCCCGACGACUGCAAGAAAGACACCACUGCCACGCAGAUAUUGAGUUACGACCUCGGUGUAGGAGGGGAAAUCAGGCCUAGGCAGCUCUCAACUCCGCGAAUUGCAGGACGGAAGCAGCCGCACUGCUGGUUCAGGGAGGACCAGAUGGAGUUCAUCGUCACCGACGUGGAUGUGUAUGGCAACAAACUUCUGGGAGAGGUGUGGUCGCCAAGCAUUGUUGAGACCAAACGGCAAGCUUACAUGGCCAUGGCAGUUGAGUCCGUCAAACCCACGUGCCCGAUCUCACCAUACAUGGCCGUCAUCAAGGAACGCGAAGGUGAUCUGUUGGUUCUUCAGCUUCUGGACGAGCAUCUGGAAGGCUUCAACGCAUAUUCUAUGGCUCUCCCGAAAGAUAAUCCAGGAGACCGCGUCAUGGUGUAUUUGGCCGCAGCCGACCCCGACCUGCAGCACGUUUACUUUACGAGGAGCGGGAUAGGUAACGAGCAACUGCGCGAAGAGAACCUCAAGGUGCUGUAUGACGAGAUGCUGAUGUAUUACGUGAAGACUGGAAGAUGGUUCCGCGCGCAAUACGAGGAGGACCACGGCGAAUCGAUACAGCUGCGAGUGGCGGGCAAGCCCAUGCCAGAAAGCAACUAUGCAGCGCACAUAUUCCUGAGCCAGAUGCCUUAUUUCAGCCCCGAAGGACUCCUGAACGAGACCUUCAAGCGCCUUAACAUGCCGAACGAGCACUUCUACUACCACGAUACCAUGAUCAACGUCGGUAAACUGAACUACGGGUUCAACUACGACAACUGCAUGUUUGUGCGCGUCCACGAGUACAAGUUGCCUCAAACAUAUCACGUGGAUGACAAAGUAAAGGUAUCCAGGUCCGUGCAGAGCAUCGAGCUUACGACGCUCAACGUCUGCAAGCCGCAGGGCCAACUCGAAAAGGGGUUUAAGAAACUGACCGAACAGAAAGUUGAGGACAUGAAGGAUCUGAAGAUGUACACUUCAUAUCCCUCACUAGUCCUUGGGCAGGAUGACGGAUACCUCUACCUGGCCAUAAACUACCUCCGGAAACCUGACUUCACACUAGCGGACGAUUACUUCGUGGGGAUCAUGAAACUGGUACCCAAGUCAAAGACUGCACCGCCGGGAUCGUUCAUUAAUGCGAGGGUUGCCGCGAUAUCGCAAAAUCAGGUUAAUAUGCGCUACAUGCAAACGAAAUCGGAAAUCGGCGGCCAUGACAGCUUCAAGUACACAGCGUUCACCCAUUGGCUAAACGAGGUAAACGAGGGCAAGCAGACUUUUGGUCUCAGCAGGUUUGAGCAGCAGAAGCGCCUGAACCUCAUCUGGAUGGACGGGCUCUGCAUCCCACCUCCAGGAUCGCCGCAAUACGACAAGUAUCUUGCCCUGCAGCCUGCAAUUACUGAAACCGCUUAUGUGCACGCCAUCGAUGAAUCUCUGUCGCCAAUGGGCGCCGAGAACGUCGUGGAUCAGACCAUUAACGGCAGGCAGAGGCCGUUGGCCCCAGCAUCGUUGACGACCUCGCUGUUGAGGGUUGCCAGGCAGUACCGUGAUGAAUCUGAAAAACGACGCCAUGUCCCUAUAGACAUGGCUAACUUCGGUAGCUAUACCAUAGAGUUCGAUGAACACCCAGAUUAUGCCAUCGCGCCACCCAGGUACUACCUCCACAACCGCGAAAUAAGGAUGGCACUAAUCGAAGAGCUGCUGAAUGGAAGAGAGUUGUGGAAGUUCAAGCGCACUUUGGACAUGGCAAGACUACGCACCGAGGGAGAAAUCAAGGCAUUCUUCUAUGACACCAGAGGGCGCUCCUUCUACAGACUACUGGAACGCAUGCGCGACCCUCUAGAAAGACGUAAGCUGAAGCCCAAGGAGCCCCUGUACUUCGAAAGGAGUAUCAAGAUACUCCUGUCGGGAAUACAGGACUUCUACCUCGAGGCCAUAUAUGACGCCACGGACCGCGAGAAACUUAUCUUCGCAUCGCUGGUCCCCAGGUCGGGAAAAAUUGGCGACUUCGUGCAGAUGGAUGAGCUCGAGCAAUACGAUCGAUACGUGCGAAACGAUUUCGUAAUGGACAAGGAGGCGCGGGAGGCCUUGCAAAGGGUGCUGCGAAUCCUGUCACAUCCCAACAACUCCCUGAUGUCGCACAUGCGACAUCGCCAUCGCACAAUUCCCGACGAUCUCUUCUACGCGUACAGAAAGACAUUGCAUUACGAGACGUGGGUGGACUACAAAAUGCCGGAGGAGGAGCUCCGUGAAGAGCACCUUGCGUCCAAGGGCAAGCCACUAUUGCCACCCGUUUCAGAACUUGUCAAGGAGCCGGAUAAAUUCCCGAUGUACCUCGAAAAGCGAGGCUUGACUCAGAUCAAGGGACUAUACACCGAACUCAUGAGGAUGUCGAGGGCUCCGAAAGCAGAGCAGUUCGAGAUGUCCCUGGUGAGGCUGAAAAGCGGAGCUGGCAGCCGUGCGGACGACGACAUAGAGCCAGAAGACGUAGAUUUUUUGAUGGAAGAUGAGGUUGUGGAGCAGAAGCAGGAAGACAGCAGUGCUGAGGAAACCCCUGAAAGGCCGAGGCCAAAGGUCCGCAUCACCUCGAAGGAGUGGCGGAACCUGAACAAGGUGAACUACGGCUUCAACAAGGAGGAGCUGAAGCAGUUCAUCAAAGACAUCAAGGAGUUCAAACCGGUACACGGGUUGCGUCUCCCCAUGCUGUGA